CUGCGAUUUUCAUAAUUUAACUUUUUCAGCAUUUCAAUUUGGACGCGCUCGCCUGCUGUUCGCCUGCUUCCCCUUGCUCCCUCUCACCACCAGUACUUGCGCGGAUAUAAUCAAAUGGCCCAGCAUAGCGUCCAGGGCGCAACUGUUGAGCUUAGCGACCACAGCGAGGCAAACUCGAGUAGUCGCAAACGCUCCGAAUCGGUUAACGGACCAGAGCAGUUGGACAAGGGACGAGCUCGGCCGCUUCAAGAGCUCAAAACGCCACCGCCUAGACACCGCCGGCAGGUCUGCCAGGCGACGAGGCCAAGCCCACGGGUGCGGAUGACAAUCACACCCAUCAAAAACACGGAUGAAGACAGCGACGAGGAGGAUGGCGACUUUGGCGGUUCUACAUCUGGCAACAGCAUCAUUGACGACACGUAUAUGCGCUUUGGCGAUGCUGAAAAGGCAAUUAUCCGCAGCGAGGCGCAUGUGCUGGGCAUCAAUGGGUUCAUCCAGGAGUAUCUGGUCAGCAAGGGCAUCUCGGUCCGAUCGUUGCUGGACGUGUUUGCGGCACCCACAUCGCUUAUCCAGACUCUUCCCUCUGUCAACUCGCUGGAGGACAUCAUCAAGCUACUGAAGCAGUCUCGGCGCAUCAUGGUUUUGACCGGUGCUGGCGUCAGUGUUUCGUGUGGUAUUCCUGAUUUCCGGUCGCCGACGGGAAUAUACACUCGGCUCAACGACGAAUACGGCCUGGAUGACCCUCAGCAGAUGUUUGAUAUCGAGUAUUUCCGGAUGAUGCCCCAGCUGUUCUACUCGUUUGCCAAGGAACUGUUUCCAUCCAAUUUCACUCCAGCACCAUCGCAUGCGUUUGUGAAGAUGCUUGAGGACAAGGAGAAGCUGCUGCGCAACUAUACGCAGAACAUCGAUACGCUGGAGCACGUAGAAGGAAUCAAGAACGUGCUGAACUGCCAUGGGUCGUUUGCGACAGCAACAUGUAUCAAGUGCGGAUACAAGUGCGACGGUAAGGAUCUGGAAGGAGAUAUCAUGGUGCAGCGGAUUGCUUACUGCCCAAAGUGCAACGACCAGCCGAGUCAAUCCACCAAGCCGAAGGGCGUCAUGCCUGAGGGCACAACGAUCUCUAACCAGGAUUUUGGUAACGGCUAUGAUGACGACGAGGAUGAUGACGAGGAUGAUGACGACUAUGGAAUGCAGCGCGGCGUAAUGAAGCCAGAUAUUACAUUCUUUGGUGAAAAGCUGCCGGAUGCCUUUGACGAAGCGCUGCUGGCCGACCGCGAGAAGGUUGAUCUGCUGUUGGUCAUGGGUAGUAGUCUGAAGGUGGCACCGGUUUCCGACAUCAUGGGGCAUUUGCCACAUACAGUCCCGCAGAUUGUCAUCAACAAGACGCCAAUUCUGCACUUCAACUUUGAUGUGCAGCUACUGGGCGAUGCUGACGACAUUGUGGCAUAUCUUGCCCAUGCGUGCGGCUGGGAGCUGCGGCAUCCACGGGUCGCUGGCCAGAGCACACAGAGCGCGGAGUUCCAGGCACAAAUGCCAGCGCCAAUCGAGUCUCCGCCUGAUAUCAAGGUGGUAGCGAGUGUGAAAGAUGCGGCCACGCCUGGCAGAGUGGAGACGGUGGAGAAGUCGUACAGUGUGCCCAAGCACUGGAUCGUGUUUCCAAGUGCGGUCAUCAGCGGCAAGGACUUGAUGGUUGCAAAUGGUGAUCUGCCAAUUAGGCUGGCCAUUGAUUCCAGCGAUGAGGAAGAUGCCGAUAGUUACGACAGCGAAGACGAUGAAGGAGACGCUUUGGCAAGCGACAUUGAAAAGCUUCACCCGUCGACGCCUGCACCUUGAAUGAAUAAACCCGUACUUUGAAUAUUAUUUACCUUAUUC